AUGCCGUCACGGUCCGCGUACAACCAGCCUCACCCUCCGACUCUGAGCUCAACCGCCAUCUUCCCGGACGCCACACUCCUUUCGUCGACGGAGAGGACUGCACCACACCAUAUUCGGCAAGAUGUGCCCAACCUGCCAGCAAUGACCGGCAAUAUCGCGGCGUCGCCCCCUGCCCAUCGGGCCCAUUCCCGUUCGAUCAGUCACCCGUUCCCUGCUCCCUUCGGCAAGAGACGCAACCAGUCGGCUUUGCAUCAGGAAUUUCUGGACUCCGACGACGACGAUGAUGACGGACUUGAGGUGUCGCGUAUGCCCGAUCUACUCUCGAGUAGCCCGAGGAAAGGCCCUUCUCGUCCGAUGCCGGGUGGGGAUGUGAACUCGACGGGGGAAUGUAUGACAUGCAACUCGACCGUGCGGUGGCCGCGGGGUCUCAUGGUCUUUCGAUGCACGGAGUGUUUGACUGUCAAUGAUUUGGAGCCGUAUACUUCGAGUGAUGUUAAGGCGGGAACGACUGGGAAGCCCGGGGCAUCAAUACCCAGGAAAGCGGUUCCCCUGUCGGUCGAAAGAACCAAAUCGAUUAUCGACGGUUGCAUCUCGACCUACCUACGACGGAUUCUAGAUGCGCCCGUGCCUCGGAACUUCGAAGUAGGGAAUGUCGGCAAGCCCCCGAUCGUGAGACAGGAUGAGAAUCGGUCGUAUACACAUAAUCAAAACUCGGGACUUCUAUCUGCGCCACGCGUGGAUGCUCGAGCGCGCAGUUCAUCUGCGUCCGGUAGACCCGGGAAGCCUGAAUGGAUUCAUGGGACGUCGAAUCACCCGAAACCCAUGCCUAAUCCUUUGGUACCGAUUAGGGACGGAAAUGAUCCUCGAAUGCGUAGUCGCAACAACUCGGACGUUCAGGCUCGGCCCAAGGCUGAUCCCUCGCCCCGCGAGGCAGGGCGUCCGAGCGAACGAGAGCGUCCAGAUCAACUCAGCCAUCCUUACAUCUUCAAGCCGCUGGAAGAGUAUAUAAUAUCUUCAUUCCAAGGGUGUGCCUGUCUGAAUGUGUCUUUCACUACAGCACAGCCGCCACCACCUACCAGUGUCAGUAGCGACAAUUGUCCUCCGAAACCGAAGACUGAAACCAAUGACUCCUCGUCACACGCACAUCCCCCGGUUGAACCUGAUGCGAAAACACUUCUGAUCGGAGAUCUGGGGGAGAAUUCGUCCUGGUGGAUGAACGACGGCGAGGUGGCCUACGGAUCAAGUCACGGACAACCAAAGGAGAAGCCUUCUACGACUUCCUCAAGAGCAGUCACGUCCAGGAGUCCGCGCAUCAACUGGUCUGAAGUCGUACAAUGGUACCAUCUGAUUAUGACGGCUGGCUCGUCCUGGAUUGAAGUUUGGUCGCUCAUGAACCCGCCGGACGAGCCUACUGAAGAAGCGUACAAGAGGGGCAAGAAAUGGGAAGUUGCUGACUUGAGCGUGAUGGAGAAAGAUUUCACAGAAGCGCGCCUGCAUUUGCAUCGCACUCUACUCAAAGCUACUGAGAACCUAGUGAAGCGACCACGACGGCCUCUGCAAAAGCCCGAGGACAUUCGGUUCCUUCUCAUACUGCUUGCGAAUCCAUUAAUACACCCAUCAAGUCAGUCCAUGAAGUCUGCAUGUACCGCUUCGCCUGCGGCCCGAAGCGGUCGGCGGCCGUCUCAUCCGAAGGAUAGCGAUGGGCGACUGGCUCCUCGUGAUGUCAAGAACCCCCGCAAAGAGCAUCCUGGGCCCCCUGCGCGAGGAGCAGGAGUGCCUAAUCACCAUUUUGGGAUUGUCAAGCGCAUCGUGGGCCUGAUCGCACACUUACCCAACGAUUGCCAUCAUUAUCUCGUGUCUUGGUUCUCGCGCUUUUCUACAGGGCAGUUCGAAAAACUUGUCGAUCUAGUGGGCAGUUUCGUCACCUAUCGUCUGAGCCGGCAACAUGGACGCAAACGCAGUGAGGCGAUUGAGAACGACAACAGCCUAGUUCCUAGUUUCAAUAGUGCUGCUGGAAAUACUCCCGCUGAGUUGCACGCUGCCAUCAAUGGCCGGAGUCCAAGCAAGCCAGCCAAGGACAGCCGUGAGACGCCUGUGGUGUACGGCGAUGAUUGGCAAAUUCGGGCGGCAGCCAGGUUGAUGUCCCUGUUGUUUACUGCUAACAGCACGCAUGUCGCUCGGAAACCGGAUGCAGCAUUAGGUCAAGAAGCCGGCUCUGCGAGUAGGGGUGUUGCCACUCGACGAGGCCACAAGAUCCCAAUCAGCUCAUUCUACAACACGCUCUUGGAUUACUCUGAUCUUGUAGCGGAUUUUGAAGCCUGGGAGUCGAAGACGACGAAAUUCUCCUUCUGUCAAUACCCUUAUUUCCUUAGCAUUUGGGCUAAGAUACAUAUAAUGGAGCAUGACGCUCGACGACAGAUGGAAGUCAAAGCUCGAGAAGCGUUCUUCAACAGUAUCCUGAGUCGCAAAGCUGUCAGUCAAUACCUUGUGCUGAAGGUCCGACGAGAUUGUCUGGUCGAUGACAGUCUGCGGAGCGUUAGUGAAGUAGUGGGGUCAAGUGAAGAGGAGAUCAAGAAGGGUCUACGCAUCGAGUUCGUGGGCGAGGAGGGCGUUGAUGCUGGGGGGCUUCGCAAAGAGUGGUUUCUCUUGCUUGUUCGAGAAAUCUUCGAUCCUCACCACGGACUCUUCCUUUACGAUGAGGACUCCCAGUUCUGUUAUUUCAAUCCCUUCUGUUUCGAGUCUUCUGAGCAGUUCUUUUUGGUGGGAGUGCUCCUGGGACUGGCUAUCUACAACUCGACAAUUCUUGACAUCGCUCUCCCUCCAUUUGCCUUCAAGAAGCUCCUGGCUGCGGCGCCGCCAACCAGCGGGCCGCAACCCACGACUUCUCGGUCAAAUUUCAAGUGUACGUUGGAUGACCUAGCGGAAUAUCGGCCCGCGCUCGCCAAGGGACUGAGAGGUCUUUUGGAAUUUGACGGGGAUGUCAUGGAUACCUUCUGUUAUGACUUUGUCGCCCAUGUCGACCGCUACGGGGAGGUGGUAGCGGUGCCUCUCUGCCCUGGAGGCGAGAAGCGGCCAGUCACAAACGCCAACCGGCGAGAAUUUGUGGACCUAUAUGUACAUUACAUGCUAGACACGGCGGUCGCGCGACAGUUCGAACCCUUCAAGAGAGGCUUCUUCACCGUCUGUGGUGGCAAUGCGCUGUCGCUGUUCCGGCCCGAGGAGAUUGAACUGCUGGUGCGCGGCUCGGAUGAAGCGCUGGACGUGGCCUCGCUUCGCGCGGUUGCGACGUAUGAUAAUUGGUCUCACCCGCGGCCAGAGAAUGUGCCAGUGGUUCGGUGGUUCUGGGACUUCUUUGAGCAGGCUGAUCCGCAGGCGCAGAGGAAGAUUCUCUCGUUCAUUACGGGCAGCGACCGGAUCCCGGCUAUGGGGGCUACGAGUCUGACGAUCCGGGUGGCAUGCCUGGGCGACGAUACAUCGCGGUACCCGAUUGCACGAACGUGUUUCAACACGCUGGGGCUGUAUCGAUAUGCAACGAGGCAGACGUUGGAACGGAUGCUGUGGGACGCCGUGGGGAACAGUGAAGGGUUUGGACUGAAGUAG